AUGAGGCUCAGCAGUGUGAGACCGAUUUUCCUUCUGUCGUCGUUGUUGCCGCUAUGCGCUUCGCAGUUGAGUGAGUGCCCUGGGUAUACGGCUUCAAACGUACAGCGUGGUGUAGGGAAGAUUACCGCAGAUCUCAAUCUGGCUGGGGAGGCGUGCAAUGUGUAUGGCCAUGACUUGCGAGAUCUACGCCUGCUGGUUGAGUAUCAGACGGCACAACGGCUACACGUAAAGAUCUACGAUGCGGCAGAACGAGUGUACCAAAUACCUGAGGAUGUGGUGCCACGGCCACCAAGUAAUUUCGUCGACAGCGGUACCGACAUGACCUUCAACAUGACCGCAGAUCCGUUCUCGUUCACGGUCACCCGUACAUCGACUGGCGAGGUUCUGUUCGACACUUCCGGAUCAGCGCUCAUCUUCGAGUCGGAGUACCUUCGUCUACGCACCGGUCUACCGGAAGACCCCAAUCUCUACGGCCUGGGUGAAAGCGCCGACAAAUUCCGUCUCCCAACGAAAAACUACUCCCACACCCUCUGGAACGCGGGAGAGCCUUUCCUCCCCAAGUCAGAGAACUUGUAUGGAUCUCACAACGUCAUCUACGACCACCGUGGCGCCAACGGCACAUCUGCCACUUUUCUCAUGAACAGCAAUGGCGCCAAGGUCAAUAUCGUCAACGAUCCUGAGAUAGGACAGUACGUGGAGUACAAUUCGCUCGGCGGCGUGCUCGACUUUUACUUCAUGAACGGCGACACGCCAAAGGAAGCUACCACACAGUAUGCAGAGCUGAUCGGAUAUCCUGCCCUCAUGCCGUGGUGGGGCUUUGGCUACCACCAGUGCCGCUACGGUAUGGUGGAUGUGUGGGAGGUCGCUGGGGUGGUUGCCAACUACAGCGCUGCUGAUAUUCCACUAGAAGUCAUGUGGACAGAUAUCGACUACAUGGACUACAGGCGUAGUCUGUCUCUGGACCCGCUUCGCUUCCCUCUCGACACGAUGCAGCAGAUGGUCGACACACUGCACGCUCGCCAACAGAAGUACAUCAUGAUGGUGGAUCCAGCAAUGGCCAAGUACCCCUACGAACCUUUCCGACACGGCGAGAACCUUGAUGCGUUCAUGCAGACUGACAAUGGCACCUAUACCGGUGUUGUGUGGGCGGGCCCAUCCGUCUUCCCGGACUGGUUUGCGCCCAAUACUCAGCAAUACUGGAACGAGGAGUUCAAUCGCUUCUUCAAUGCAGAAUCUGGCGUCAACGUCGACGGCAUCUGGAUCGACAUGAACGAGCCCAGUAAUUUUUGUGAUGAGACUUGCGUCCCCAACCCAGCACUCUUCUCGAUCCACAACAACGACCCUCCUCGCCCGCCUCCCGCGCGGAUGUACUCACCAUACCCCAUUCCAGGCUUCCCAGAAAACUUCCAGCCAGGCUGCGUCGCCUUCACCACUUUCAAUGUCGAGGCCGACGUCAACUCCACGACCGACCAGUUUCUCCUCCUCGGCGACGCCUUCUCCAUCGGCCAAGGCGAGCCCCACGAUGCGCCGCAAAUGUGGCCUUACGAUACGGAUCCGCCGAACUGGAAUCUGACCGUGCAGUUGCCGCCAAACUCAAUGAUCAACUACCAAUACGCUCUGUACCACUACGGCACCGAUGGCUCCUACACCCUCGAGCACCAGAACCGCACCGUCAAUACCGGUGGAUGUAACACCAUGUACGCCCCCUACGAAGUCCACGACACCAUGUCCAGCUCGAACCGCUCCGUCAGCGCUCGUGCGAUCAACAUUCCUGCACAUCACAGCAGCGAGUUGAACAAGCGACAGCAGAGCGAGUUAGGCCAGCCAGGCGCGAUGAUGGGACUGCCCGGCAGGGAGCUGUUGUACCCGGAGUAUAAUAUUAGUAAUUACUGGCCCUGGGGGAACUUGAGCGUGCAGACUGUGCCGACGGAUAUUGUGCAUGCGAAUGGUUUGGUGGAGUUUGAUGUGCAUAAUCUUUACGGGACGAUGAUGUCGACGGCGACGCGGAAUGCGUUGUUGGAUCGGCAGCCGGGGAAGAGGCCGUUGAUUAUCACCCGCUCCACAUUCGCUGGCGCAGGGAAACAUGUUGGACACUGGUUCGGCGACAACAUCAGCACAUGGGACGACUACCGCACCUCGAUCCGGCAGAUGGUCGAGUUCGCCGCGCUCUUCCAGAUGCCCAUGGUCGGGUCAGACGUGUGCGGCUUCAAUGGGAAUACGACGGUGCAUCUGUGUUCGCGGUGGGCUAUGCUUGGAGCCUUCAACCCCUUCUACCGCAACCACGACGUCCAAGGCGCUCUAGUCCAGGAAUUCUACCGCUGGCCCCUCGUCGCCGCCGCCGCCCGCUCGGCCAUCAACACCCGCUACCGCCUCCUCGACUACCUCUACACGGCCAUGUACCGCCAGCACACCACCGGCACACCCACCUUAAACCCGUUGUUCUUCAUCUACCCUGAAGAUGCGAAUACGUUCGAUAUCGGCACGCAGUUCUUCUAUGGCGAGAGUAUUCUCGUGUCUCCGGUGCUGGAGGAGAACGCGACGAGCGUGGAGGUGUACCUUCCCGAUGACGUGUUUUACGAUCUGCAUACGCAUGAGACGGUGCGCGGGCAUGGGGAGAUGGUUAUGUUGAGCAAUAUUUCUUACACCGAGAUACCUACGCAUGUCCGCGGCGGGUCCAUCGUACCUAUGAGGAUGAAUAGCGCGAACACGACCGCGGAGCUGAGGAAGCAGAAUUUCACUCUCCUCGUUGCGCCGGGGCUUGAUGGCACGGCGGCGGGAUCACUGUAUGUGGAUGAUGGGGAGAGCUUGGAACAGGAUGGGGUGUUGGAUGUGCGGUUUGAGUAUUCGAAGGAUGGGGUGUUUAGCAUGGGAGGGACGUUUGGGUAUGAGACUGGGGUGUGGAUUGAAACCGUUGUGUUGCUUGGAGGAGACGAAGAGGGUGUUGGUGAGAGGUAUGGGGAAGCUUCUGCUGUUCAUGGUGGUGUGGGAAGAGGAAAUGCAAAAUCCCUCGCCUCCGCCACGGCAAAAUCCCGCGCCGCACACGGCGUCGUCAAACUCCGCCUCUUCAACUUCCCAAAAUCAAUCCCCAGCACCGUCUCCCUCCUCACCACCUCAGCCUCGCUAGCAUCAGGCGUAUUACUCGGCACCCCCGGAACAGCCGCAACGUCAUCAUCCAGCGCCAAUUUCUCAAUCAUCUCACCCGCUACCUUCACCGGCAGUCUCCCACUGAUGGAAGCGUGUCUCCUCGCUAGUGAGGGGCUGGAGGCCUCGGACCUGGAUGUCCGUCGAUGA